AUGUCUCUCCCCACCCAGAACCGCCAAUGGCUCACUACACAAUCCGGCAUCUCGAACAUCGCCCUCUCCAGCUCUUCCCUCCCAUCUCCAGGACCAGGUGAAGUACUGGUCAAGAUCCAUGCCGUCUCCCUCAACUACCGCGAUACAGAAGUGAUAAUGGGCCUCUACAACCACCACUCCACUACCGGCUCCCAAUCUUCUGCUUUGGUCCCUUGCUCCGACAUGUGUGGCACCAUCCUCCUAUCCAACUCCCCUCGCUUCAAAACAGGCGAAAAGGUCCUUUCUAUCUUCAAUCAGACGCAUUUGAAAGGCCAGGUUAAGGCAGAGCAUAUGAAGCAUGGUCUGGGGUUUCCAUUGGAUGGUGUGCUGCAGGAAUAUAGGGUGUUUGAUGCGGAGGCGUUGGUGAGCAAGCCGCCAUAUUUGAGUGAUGAGGAGGCAGCUACGUUGCCAAUUGCGGGGUUGACGGCUUGGAUGGCGGUUAAUGGGAUGAGGACACUGGGACAGCCAGGUGGAAAGGGGGAGAAGGUAUUGAUCCAGGGGACUGGAGGCGUGGCGAUUAGUGGGUUGCAGAUUGCGAAGGCGAGUGGUGCUGAAGUGAUCAUUACUUCUAGUUCGGAUGAGAAACUCGAGCUGGCCCAGAAUCUUGGGGCAGAUAAGACAAUUAACUAUAAGACGAAUCCAGAGUGGGAACAAGAGGUGCUGAAGAUGACGGAUGGCGAGGGGGUGGACAUCAUUUUCGAGAAUGGCGGAGCCCAAACAUUGAGGAAGUCGUUUGAUUGUAUUGCUUUUGGAGGAUUAAUCAACUGCAUUGGAUACCUGUCUGGCAAGGAAGACGCCAUGGGAGAUAGGACCAAUACGAAUGUGCUGGCAUUGAGGAGGAAUGUCACAUUGAAAGGGCUGUUGAACGGGCCGCGGGAGAGACUGGAGGAGAUGUUGAAAUUUUAUGAUGAGAAGAAGAUUAACCCGGUGGUGGAUAGGGUGUUCAGUUUCGAGGAGGCGAAGGAAGGGUUUGAGUAUUUGUUCAAAGGGGGCCAUUUCGGGAAGGUUGUCGUCAAAGUUGAUUGA